GGUCGCUGCAGUAGAGCGCUCUCGCUACACACCCACAUCACUUUUGUGUCAAGUGCUACGCGGGAGUUGUUGGUGUGGAGCGGCUGCCACCUGAGAUCCUGAUCAUCCGUAUACAAGAGACUCGCCAGGGCAACCAUGUCUGACAGGAAGGCCGUGAUCAAAAACGCAGACAUGUCCGAGGACAUGCAGCAGGACGCGGUGGAUUGUGCCACGCAGGCCCUGGAGAAGUACAACAUCGAGAAGGACAUCGCUGCCUUCAUCAAGAAGGAAUUUGACAAGAAGUACAACCCGACCUGGCACUGCAUCGUCGGGAGGAACUUCGGCAGUUACGUGACCCACGAGACCAAACACUUCAUCUACUUCUACCUGGGUCAGGUGGCCAUCCUGCUCUUCAAGUCGGGCUGAGCCGAGGGGUCCGCUCUCACUGACACAGUACUGACUGACUUGCUGGACAAAGGCACUUAUCAUUCCUUGGCAAGGGGCCACAUCUGCCUUUUUCUGUGCUGCUUUUGUUUUGAGGAUAAAAAAACAGUCAUGGCCAUUUAAGAGAUAAAGCACUCGUAUUUAUUUUUGUCUUGUGACAUUGCUUUUUUUUUAAUUAAAGCAUAGCCGUUGA